AUGUCUUUCGGAUUCUCUAUCGGCGACUUUUUAGCGGCUGGGAAGCUCAUCAAUGAUAUAGUUUCUUCCCUUCGCCAUUCUUCAGCCUCAUCCUACCAGGAGCUCAUCGUCGAGCUUCAUGGCCUCAAGCGCGCCUUGGACGAGAUCGAGCAUCUCCCAUGUCCGCCUGGCCAAGAAGCAGCGCUAAAUAGUGUAAAGGUCGCGGCUCUCAUGUGCCAGUACCCGCUUGACCAGUUUGCCUCGAAGCUGAAGAAGUACGAGAGGCUUGAAGUCCAGCCCCAGCAUGGCGACAGCUCAAGCAAGUCAGACAGGCUGAAGUCCUGGGGACUGAAGGUUCAGUGGGGUGUCGGCAUGGAAAAGGAUGUCGUAGAGCUUCGGGCAUAUAUUGCGACACAUGUGGGCAGUCUGAAUAUGCGGCUCAUUACUAUCGGCCUAUCUACAACCUUCUCCAACACGGAACAGAGUCAAACCGAAACCUCUAUUUUGCAAAGCAAGCUUGAGGAGGUUCGUAGUGGGGUUAUACAAUCAAGGCGUGAACAAACGCAACAGGGUUUGAUGAUCACUAAGGCUGCUUCCUUACUACAGAAUCUUUCCGAUUUGGUAUCCAUCGGUAUUGGAGUUCGGCUCGAAACCCUGAUCGAGCUUGCUCAGAACAUAUGGAGAUCGAACCUUCAAAUUAUGGCUGUUGUAACUCAGCUCCAGAGCCAACCUCCAAGGCCAGACACAUCUCGAACCUGGUUUCAGGAUCCUGUAAGAUUUGAAGACGCGCUUGGCCGUGUCCUGCCAAUCCCGUCAGAGUACGGCUGGAGUAAGGUACAUGCAAUCAUCAUGGACCAUUUUUCGACAGGUCCCGGGAGUGACAAAGUCAAAGCUGAGGAGUAUCUGCUCUUCAACUCCCUGGACUCAUCGCAGAUACUCUUGCAGGCUCGCACUGAGGGCCUGAUGCCUGGGAUGAGUAUCACGAUGGCUUUUAUCAUCGGCCGACACGGCCCCACCACUCUAGGCAACUGCCCGAGGGCUGGAUGCGUAUCAAGAAAGAUUGAAACCAGCAACGCUGGCGGCAAAUUCUGCACUCUUUGCAGAUGUUGGUUUAAUUCUACAAACGAGAGGAUAGCCUUGCCUCUGCAGCCAGAGAGAACCCCGUCGGAGACAGAUACAACAGGAUACAUUCCACAAAGUCGCCUCCGCCGAGAAAGACAUGCCGAUACUAUUCUCGACCGACAAGAUGCAAGCAGUUUCAAUGACCGACUUGAGGAGGAGCGCGCAUUUAAGAACAUAUUGAUCAAUUUCACAGAUCUCCCAGGUCGAACCAGUCAGACUACUUCGCCCCUCGGAGAGGAGGCCCUGCAGUGCGUCGAGCCUGGCUGCUACCGGGUUUUUGACCAGCCGUAUAAGCUAAAGCAUCAUCGGCGCUACCAUGCCAAGGAGCACAAGUGCCCCUUUCCAAAUUGUGCUAAAGGAUUCGGAACCAAGACUCACCUCCAACGGCAUAUAAACGACCGCCAUGAGAGGAGGAAGAGGUUUCAUUGUUUCGUGCCAGGAUGUGAUUACUCCAGAGAAGGAGGCAAGGGCUUCUCUCGCAAGGACAACUCGGUACGACAUAUGCUUAAGUUCCACGACAUGAACCGACUAAAUCUACCGGAGCCUGUGGAAAGCGACUAG